AUGUCGCAGCCGGAUGACGCUGCACAGGAUAAAGGCGACGGUGGCGAUGCACCCCUUGAGGAACUUGCCGAGUUGCAAAUCAAGGAGGAGGCUAGACUCGAGAAGCUCUUCGCGGAGCAGAGAGUUGAGCAUGGGCUGGACAAUGAGACGACCUUGCACACUUUCUUCAAGUUGUUCGAUAUGUGGAUCCAGCUCUAUCGGCUCAACAAGUGCAUGGAGGUGCUUCCGGAGAUUGUGCCCAUAUGCCGCAGCAGAGGAGGCGACUUUCACGUGAAAGGUGUUCAGGCUCUGGCGUUCACCUUAUGGAAGAAGUCGCAGUUCAACGACGCAGUCAAGCUCUUUCACGAAAUUGAGGACCUGGUAGGCUGCAGUGCGGCCUUGUGCGAAAACAUGGGCCACACAUACAGCUCCAUGGGCAACUUUGACAAGGCGUCGGAAUACUUCACGCGAGCUCUGCUGUGCCUGGACAAAGAGGAGGAGAUGGGCAAGAAGACAGGCGACCGAGCAGGCAUCCUGCUCGGCCUUGGGUUGAUCGAGGACCGCUUGGGCCGGUUUGAACAGGCCCUUUCCUCCGUGAGGCAAUCACAGGAUCUGUUUCGGCAGCGGGCAGGCGGCAAGCCCUCUUCACUGGUUGCCAAAGCCGGGAUGUCCAUUGCAAAGAUCCUGCUGAAGCUGGCCUUGCAGGAGGCCGACGAAAUGAAAAGACAGGAAAUGGAGGAUGAAGCCAUCGUCCGUGAAGAAGAGAACGUCGCUUUGUUUGAGGUCACUUGUGGUGACGACAGCCCGUUGACUGCAUCAGCAUUGCGUGGUCUUGGGGAAGCACAAAAGCGCAGGGGGCGGAUUCCGGAAGCCAUUGCAAGUUUUGCGCGGUCGUACCAGAUUGAGGCUCAAAAGGAUGCCUUUGACCUCCUUGGGGUCAUGGAGGUCCACAACCAUUUAUUUGGUGCUCACAUGGACUUGGUCAAGCUUGGGCAGCCUCUGAACCGUGCCAGCUUCCGCACCUAUUUGCCCACCGUUGACCUGGCUUUGGAGCGGGUUCAUGAAAUGAAGCAAGAUGCGAAUGCUGGCGCCUACUACAAGGUGCAGGAGCCAGAGUGGUGA